GUCCUAAAAAUCAGCCGGUAGCUUCUUAGGCGUGCUGCGAGACGAGACAGAAUACUGCCGACUGAACACUCUACAUCCCGAGUAACUCGACUGCCUCGCCUCUGGUAUCAGCCAACCCCGGUAUAGAAAUCAUGGCAGCGCAGACCUUCCCCAACUACAGUCGCGAUGUCCGUCAUGGCAAGUCUGGCUCGGGUUCUUCACUGAACUACGGGCCAGUCCCUGGUUCACCGACACUCACGAAUCCCGACAUGAUCUUGCCCGACUACGAUUGCGAUGUUUCCCUUGAUGAGCGUUCACAGUCACCCAUAAGGAUGUGGAAUAAUGCUCAGACCAGUGACAUGCGCUUCCACCUCCCUUCUUCGCAAAACCAAUUUAUCGCUGGACCAAUUGCCCCCUCAACGCCCAUCAUAUAUGGAAAUGGAACUAUGCUAUCAGACAUUGGUGAGGUGACAGAAGUUGAAAGCGUGGUAGGAAAAGGAGGACGCCGCGGUUCGGCGCAUUUGUCCGUUUACAGCAAUGAUGAUCACGUAUUGGGCUCAUCCCCAACAACGGGGGUAACCCGCAUCAAGUCGCGAUCGCAAAUUCUGCAGCGGGAGAGGAAAUCUUCGAUCGACUCCAACAGUACAAUUACUUCGCAAGGCCGCGCUGCGCCUUUCGGGGAUUUUGACGAUUCAGUCAGCGUCGACGACGUCAACUUCCAGGGCGACGAUGAGGAGAGCAUGGCAUCUUCAUAUGUUGAGGGUACAGCUGUACAAGAACCCAGGGUUCCGCGCAUAGCUCGUACUCAGGAAGCCACCGAGCAGCGCUAUUCAACCAGUUCUCUUAGUGAUAGGGCAGAACAGAUUCUGGCAAAUGCGAAGCAAAGAUUAACGACGAUGGAGGGCAACCUGUCAAGGGCAAGAAGCUCUUUAUUUACUCCGAUGUCCGAUGGGUCAACCCCUUCUCCGCCAAUUGUUCGACCUGCAACGUCCUUGAGAGAGUCUACCAUCCCUUUGAGCUCGAGUCAAGGGCACUCUAGAAAUCUUAGCGAAACUAGUUCACAAAACGGCCUUGCCAGCCCAGGCUUCCCGCAACGCUCUGCUAGCGCCUUGGGUGCUGCUGGGGGUUAUCGGCAGCCAUUGACUUCAUCCAGAAGUGCCGAUGCUCUCGGGAUUGGAUACGGCGCCACCUCUCACAGGAGUCCCACGACUCUUGAUCCCAUGCUGGAAACUUUGAGUGAAGAUGAAGGCGGUGCAAAUGGAGACAGCCGACGCAGCUCUCAUCUCUAUAAUCAGUUGAGCCCCACGUUCGGUUCCAUGACGGAUACAGAUAUGCCUCGGUCCGCAUCUGUAGCUCAGGUUCGUGACUUGAAGCAUCAGAUGAAGGAUCUGAGAGGAAAGAUUUCCAGUCUCAAAGAGCAAGCACGGGCUGACAGCUUGAAACGCCGUAGUCUGCAGAGCCUCAGGACACCCAGCCCGUUUACUCACGCGAGAUGGGAUCAAGGACUUCCAGAGUCUCGAACAUCACAAGAGACUACUCCGGAAACUCCCGCCUGGCAAGCGCCCUGGAACCAGGGGUCGCCUAAGGACAAUGUAAAUGAUCAAAUGUCGCCUAAGGAGGGCUCGAAGGAACCCUCUGAAGAAUCAGCGAAAACGUUAGAUGCUGGAGCUGAACAUGGCCCUCGCACUUCUGACGCGCCGGGCGUAGUUGUGGCUCAAGAGCAGAGCGGUUCGCCUCAAUUUGAAGCGGAACCCGAUCUUGGAGAUGACAUUCAAGUGCAAACGCAAGUGCAAGAAAAUGACGACAUGAAUGAUGACGGCGAAACGUGGGAAGGAGAUCUGGAACAAGAGGAGGAAGAUGUUAAGCAGGAGGGAAAUGGUUACGGACUACACAAUGGAGAGUACAAUGACGAUGUCGAGGAUGAUGACGACGACGAGUUUGUGGAUUUCGAGAGCGAGAGUGGCGAGUCAUCAUACCAUGAUGCCUUUCAAACCCCCGUGUCUCACGAGGAUCGUGAGGAUGCCUUCGAUUACGAGCACUUUUUUCUUCACUCAGCAAUGGGAACAAUGAGCCAGCAUCGACGAGAGAGCUGGAGCAGUGUGAGCUCUGGUGAUUCUGUUGAGACAACUCGCGGCCCUAUCGUCGCCCCCGCUUCUGCACCUGAUUCUGAUUCUGAUCACGAAAGGAGACCGAGCGUUGAUACUAUGUCGUCCUUUAACAGUUUUGCCACAGCCACCGAAGGCCGUAUGAGCCGCAACUCGGAAUUUGAGGAUGCCACAGAGACCAUCGUCAUCAUGCCAGGAGAUUCGGACGCGCCCCUGAGCUCGAAACGGGCAACAUUUGGUAACUUCAAGUUCCCUCGAUCAGGAGCCCCUUCGAGAAACGGCUCUGUCGAUUAUCACCAAAGCCAUCCCCGGCGCAACACCGUGGUUCGUCGACCUAGUAGCAGCGCAGCUACCUACGCACGCCAUCGGCCUUCGAUGUCAUCUUUCGGGUCGACAGGGACAAACCGAAGCUUCCCUCUCGUAGACAAGUCUAAGGGAACCAACGGGAUCUUGACACCGACAGGUACCCCCGGGGGAUCACCCGACUCGGAGCUCAGGCAGAUAUCCGAAAGUCUCCUUAAUGAAGCAGCCGGGUUGGGCGGUAUUGAAGGUGGACAAAAGAACGGCAAUACUUCCGCUGUACAAGGGCUUGACAAAGAAAGUCAGAUCUUGGUCGAGAGACUUGUGGCCAGUCUUGGGAAGUGUGUCCUAGGAUUGACAGAGUCAUCGAGAGCUGGUACAGAGGCACGCAUGUACCGUAGGAGAAUUGAUGCUGCGCGACGCAUUCUUGAGGGGCUUGAAGAGUGAGUAUAGUUGCCCGAAUACUUUUACCAGGCCAAGUAUUUCGAAGAGGUGGUAUUUUUCUUGCAUGGCGCUUUACAUGGAGGUGGAUAGGGAUAUUAUCACAUAUGAUGCUCUGGUUUUGAGCAGACGGAGUUGAAACCUGUCUUGGAUGAGACCAGGUUAUUUUCGAUACCCUUCAAGUCUAGCGAUUUGCUUCCUUAUUUAUUCUUAAAAUCAUGACCUUUACAGGACUUUUUUAUAUCUUCAAUCACG